CAGGGCAGGCUCAGGCUGCCGCUGCUGUUCGCCCGCCUAGCUGUUUCUGCUGCUGUCACUGCUAUUUAUCUCCCAGGUGCUGGUAGGACGGUGGCAUCCACAGUUUCGUAAGCACAGCAGGAAUCCAAACAGCUAUGUCCGAGGAGGCUGAAGACACAAUGAACUCAGAAGAGCAGCAGGAAGUAGAGGACAAAGUAAUCAGUCCAGAGAAAGCAGAGGAAGCUAAACUGAAGGCCAGGUAUCCAAACCUUGGAGCCAAGCCUGGAGGAUCAGACUUUCUCAGGAAAAGACUGCAGAAAGGGCAAAAGUAUUUUGACUCGGGUGACUACAACAUGGCCAAGGCAAAAAUGAAGAACAAGCAGCUGCCGUCAGCCCCAGCGGAGAAGACGGAGAUCACAGGAGGGCACAUCCCAACACCUCAGGACCUGCCUCAAAGAAAGACAAUUGUUGCCAGCAAACUGGCCGGUUAAUGGGUUUCAUGUUUACUAUUUUGUUACCAUUCCAACUCCCCUGCCAUACCUAACACCGUUUACAUGUUUGACGUUUAUUUUUCACCCUUUUUAUGUAGUCUGUAAGAACAAGUUAUGCACAAAGCCAAGUACUUGAGACAAAUUGGUUCUGGCACUGAAUUGCCAGUUAUGUCGAGCAAAACUGUAGCUGAAAAUGUUUCUCAAGAUCUUAGAAAAAAGACUGGCUGAACAUGGUAUCACAUUCAGACACCUGAAUGGAUAUUAGUGUUUUCUUACUUUGGCAGAACAUUUUCACUUUUAAGGAUAUAUGCCUCCAUUCUACUACAUGGUAGGUCCAUUGUCAACAGUAGCUGAAUACAGAAUUGUUUUCACAAUAUAACCUUAUUCCUGAUAAUUAUAAAGAGAGAAAAAAUAUAUAAAUUUUGACCAUAAAAAGAAAAUAUAAUUGAAGUUUGUCUUGAUGUUUGUGUGUGAUGUAGAAGUGUGAUUUUUGGGAUAUUUCUUUCAUUUUGAAACGGUUCUGAGCGCUAGAUUUAUGGACAUCUGAAAAUAUGGAGGCAUGUCUGUUUAAAUAGUGAAAACAGUAAUUUGCUCUUUUUUUAUUUGUACCCUUUUAUUUCUCUGUAAAGAUCUGAGCUUUCAACCAACGCAAGAUUCAAUCACACACACUUGUAGCCAGUUAUAUUUUAAGUAAUUUUAGUGACAUUAGUCUUCACAGUUUGCUGCUGAUCUCCAUCUCAUUCUGACCUCUAAAAUGGCCUUAAAAGUAAUGAACUGUUGUUCCUCUUGAGCAAUAUUUGCUCCCUUGGUGAGAAUCUUAGUUGUGGAUCUUGCCUGAAAUGUCUGUCACUGUCUGACUGGAAUCAUUUAGGGUUUUAUGGAAGUAAGUUCCCUGGACAUGUUUGGAGUGUGCACGUGCAUUUGCUGUGCAGUCACACUGUGCCAUUUGUUUUGUAAAUAAAAUAGUUUUGCAUAAUAUCUUA